UCUCAAUCUUAUGAUCAGAGGUAUUCGUGAAAAUUUAUUAUUGAUCGCAGAAGCCUUUCAUCAAAUAAAAGAGAAGAACUGGAGAUGAGUUCCUCUAGUGAAUCUCAUCUAGCCACCGCCAAAACAGCUCUCACAGCGGUUGCAUCAGUUGCUGCAGCCGCAAUACUAGCUCGAUCAGUGGUUCAAGAUUACAUGCCAAACGAGGUUCAUGAAUAUAUCUCUCACGGCUUUCGCAGAUUCUUCAGCUACUUCUCUUAUCAGAUGACAGCUGUAAUAGAAGAAUUUGGAGGUUUUGAACACAACCAAGUGUUUGAAGCUGCAGAGGCUUAUCUCUCCACCAAGAUAUCUAAUUCCACUAGAAGAAUCAAAGUUAACAAACUUGAGAAACAGAGCAAUUAUAGUGUUACUGUUGAACGUGAUGAGGAAGUUGUUGAUAUUUUUGAUGGCGUCAAGCUUAGUUGGAUCCUUGUAUGUCGCCAUGUCGAUAAAAAGGAUUUUCGUAACCCGAGAGAUCUCAACUCCACUUUGAAAUCAGAAGUGCGUAGUUACGAGCUUAGUUUCCGAAAGAAGUUCAAGAACAUGGUUCUUGAAUCUUAUUUACCGUUUGUUGUGGAACAAGCUGCUUCUAUUAAACAAAAGUUUAAAACAUUGAAGAUCUUCACCGUUGAUUCUUACUCCGUGGAGUGGACCUCUGUGACUCUAGAUCAUCCUUCCACGUUUCGCACUCUCGCUCUGGAUCCCGAGGUGAAGAAAAACUUGGUGGAGGAUCUUGAUCGAUUCGUGCAGCGGAAAGGCUUUUACGGGAGAGUUGGAAAAGCUUGGAAGAGAGGUUAUUUGUUGUAUGGUCCUCCCGGUACUGGAAAAUCAAGCUUGAUCGCAGCUAUAGCUAAUCAUCUUAACUUCGAUAUCUAUGACUUAGACUUGACAUCACUUAACAACAAUGCUGAGCUACGGAGGUUACUUAUGUCUACUGCAAAUCGUUCCAUUCUAGUUGUGGAAGAUAUAGAUUGUUCAAUCGAGUUAAAAGAUCGGUCUACUGAUCAAGAAAACAACGAUCCGUUACAUAAAACGGUCACACUCUCUGGUCUAUUGAAUUUUGUAGACGGACUAUGGUCAAGUUGUGGUAACGAGCGGAUUAUAGUGUUUACGACUAACUACAGAGAAAAAUUGGAUCCAGCAUUGUUGAGGCCAGGACGUAUGGACAUGCACAUUCACAUGUCGUAUUGCACACCAGCUGCUUUUAAGGUUUUGGCUUCGAAUUAUCUCGAGAUUCAAGAUCAUAUACUUUUCGAGCAGAUUGAAGAAUUUAUCCGAGAAAUUGAAGUUACACCAGCAGAAGUAGCUGAACAACUGAUGAGGAGUGACUCUGUGGAUAAAGUACUCCAAGGACUUGUUGAGUUCUUAAAAGCCAAGAAGCAAAUAGAUAAUUCAAAAGCUUAGAAGAAAUUUAGUUCUUUUAUUUGUUUCUUUGUUAAACACUAUCAUGCAAUUAUUGGUUAUAAAAUGUUACAGAAAGUGAAAUC